AUGGAGACACCUUGGAUUAGAGAGCCUGAGACUGGGCGUUACUAUAUGAAUGCGCGAGACAGCUUAGGAAACCCCGUCCGGAGGUACUCAGAGGAGCUUUAUCCUACUGAACCCUACCAGAGUCAACAGCCUGCCGUAAGCCAGUAUGCGCAACGGACACCUCGAUCGGAGCUUGGACAGAAUUCCUAUCUCCCUACCUCACCAGGGCCGUCGGGUGCGGGCAAUCAGAGACAUGAAUCAGAGUCAUGGUAUAGACCGUCAGGAACCGCCGGGGCUUUCCAAAGCCCCGGGGCCUACCAAGCGUCGCCGACCUAUAGCCCCACAGCAUCUGAUUGGUCUAGAUCUAGCAAUAUCACCUCCAUGACAAGCCAGAUGAAUAACCUAGCCAUGGGGGACCUAGAUAGAGACCAUCAGUAUACUGCCACAGCGCCUAGUGGCCCAUCGUGGACCGCAAAGCCCACGUCCUCAUACCAUUUCAAUACCAAUCAAGGACAAGCUGCCAGCGCUAGCGGAUUUGGCAAGGGCCCAGCUGCCAUCUCAGCGCAACAGGACCAUCCUUCUUCCCAGAACAGAACUCGACGUCAUCUUACUAGAACGGAUGGAGAUACAGAACGACUUGAUUCAAGAUAUCGGAUCAGAAAUAACGAUUACAAGAAAUUCUUCAGGGAGGGAAGAGUGUUUAGCACACUGUGGACAGACCAAGCCUCAAAACAAACCAAUAGAAACCAGACCUUCAUCAGCAUCGUGACGUAUAACGAACAAGUACAUACAAAAAUCAGACGGUUUGUCGUUGUCCGCCAAAACAACCAGAACUGCAUAUGCCUCCCUGUGACUUCCUACGAAGGCAGAGGGCAUAGAAAAUCUGGAAUUGAACUCGAUAAGCACGGUCAGAUUUAUAGCAACACGCCCCCAAAGGAAACCAGUUCUAUAUCCAAGAAGCCGCUGAAAAUCGUUCUUUCGCGGGAGGCGGAUCCUCUCAAGGAUCAAUCACUGAUAAAUUACGGAACUCCAUACACGGUUGAGUGUAACGUCAAGGUCAUGAAUAUCGGCGAACUAGAUAGUGGCUCCCUAAAGCUCCUCUUGCGAUACUAUAGUAAGGUUCACUUCCGGCCGGAAGACUGUUAUGAUGAUAUGGCAAUGGAUAGCAAGCCCCGGGAAAAAGAUGAGGAUCUCGCCGGUGUUGGAACUGCAUUUGCGUCCAAUUUCUCGGGCACCUCAGGGAGCUCCACAUAUUCCACGUCCCCAGGCUACAGCACCCUUGCUCAGGGGCAGAUUGAGUACAAAACUCAGCCAAGUUAUACAACCAGUUACCCUGCGGACCCUGGAUAUUCAUCACGCCCUGCACCCAUUAGCGCCCCUUCAUCUUCUUCUACCACGCAAUCUCAGAGCUCCCGCCGAGACGCAGACUAUCAAAUAGAAGAGGAAGAUGAAGAUAUCAAACUACCAACCCGGGAAGAUGCCCAAGCAUCUCGAUCAUCUCGAUCUCGUCGUGAUAGCGAGAGCAAACCAUCACGGUCAAGCGGAAAGGAGAAAGAACGUAAUAAUCGCGACCGCCACCGUCACCGGGACCGGGAUCGAGAUCGAGACCGGGACAGGAAGAAGUGA